GUGGGUGCUGCGGGCUGGCUUUGCAUUAAAAAUGUGACCCUCAAAAACCCUAACCCUAACCUUAAAGCCUUAAACCCCAGAAGUUGAAUUCUUAAUGCCUGAAGAAGACCCUUCAAACUUUGAUAGUAUAUAAAGAAUUCGGAAGGAUGUCGGGAAGGGGAGGAGAUAGUGACUCCGACGAUGCAGCCCCCGAGGAAUUCACCUCUCAACAGGGAAUCGAACAAGAUGAAGAAAUAACUAGACUCCAAAAAGAAAAUAAGGCCAGAGUUGUUCGCGAGGGAAAAGACCGUCGGAGAAGAUGGGCUCAAAAGGUAACUCCACGACCCUUGGGAGAGGAGGAAAGCAUUGAAGAUGCGAAGGAAAUUGAACCAAAACAAGAGUCCCUUGAUUACCAGGGAAUGCUGCCAGAUGAAAUUGUGAAACUUCUUGCAGCUAGCGAGAAGAAAGUUUUUUCAUCGGAUUCAGAAGAAGAAAAACCAAAGAAAAAGCCCAGCUCAGCGAAGAAGAAGAGAACGAAAAGACCAGGGCUAGAACCUAUUAUUCUAGAGGAGAUACCACCGGCUCAAUGUUUACAGAGUUCACUGGAGUUUCUGAAGAAACGGAAAAUGCAGAUUUCAAGAUCAUCUGCUGUUCUGAACAAUUCAGAUCAAGCAUUGCGGCUCCUUUCUACUUCAGGGUUACUGUCUAAGAAAUGAUAAGUAACAGCUUCCUUGGUACACAUGCUCAGGGGGAUCCACAUGCUGUUGUAAAAAAAGCGAGGAUAGUUUAUGUCUCUCAUCAUGGUACACCUUACAUUCUCCAUUGAGAAAGUAAAAAGUGGAAUUGAUAGUAAAGAUUGCAUUUAUGUCAACAGCUGCAGGUAUGCAUCCUAUCAUGCGUCACUGUGGCCUCAGAUAACAUGUUGUACAUCUUUUGCAAAUCCAUCCCUUUGUGCCAAAGCAGUUCCAUUUUCAUGUUGUGACAUUUAGAUGAACUAAUAAUUGCGACUUCAAUGGAUCUCAAACAAUAUUUAAGUUAUGCUUCCACUUUUUGGUUGCCAUCAACUGUAGUUGCUUAUUUUUCUGAAAGAUAUCUUCAGAUAUGCUCUCCCA